AUGCGGGAACCAAUAUCCCUAGCAGAUAUCCAAUUCCCAGCUGCAUCCCAGAAUAUAUCCCAUCUGCUCUCGGACCUCCGGAGAUCGGCUCUGUCAAUCACAAAUAGACUAAGGUCUAUGGAGACAGACUCUAUCUUUGUCCAAGAGAUAUCAGACUACUAUGGUUUACCCCUCGUUGCCAAUGAGAGAUGUGGGAGCUGGUAUAUCCCGCCAGACAAGAAGGUCGGCAGCUCCUAUUUCAAAAGCACAGAUGGCCACAUGGGACAGUGGGACUUUAGCCUGAGACGGCUGAACUUGCAGGUUUUGGAUAUUUUGAAGAAAUAUGGAGGGUGA